AUGAAGAGCUGUGCAGGGUCGUGGUGCAGCCGCCUCCUCCCCCACAGGGCUAAGAUGGGUGCAGCUGGUGUUCAGCUCCUGUUGGCUGCCACCCUGUGGAUGACGCCUCACAUGGGAGCUGCAGCUGCUGCCGCUGUGCUGUCGAGCUCCACGGAGCUGCUCGACACGCCCAGGGCCGGAGCUGAGACGCAGCCUGCCUUCGGGACGGUCGACGGAGCUCCUCGCAGCAGACGCAGGAGAGCCAUUUCCUCCAGAGAGAUCAGCGCCCUGCUGGAUUACCACAACUGGGUCCGCUCCCAGGUCUCCCCCCCUGCAGCUAAUAUGGAGACGCUGCUCUGGGAUGAGGGACUGGCUAAGUCAGCUGACUCUUGGGCGUCACGAUGCGUUUGGGAUCACGGCCCGACACAAGCCAUGAAAUACAUGGGCCAAAACCUGUCAAUCACUUCAGGAAGGUACCGAUCCAUCACCGAUCUGGUCAGGUCCUGGCACGACGAGAGGCAUCACUUCUCCUACCCGAACAGGUGCAGCGGGUCUGUGUGCUCUCACUACACACAGAUGGUGUGGGCGAGCACCAACAGAGUGGGGUGCGCUGUCAGGAGGUGCUCCAACAUGCACGUGUUCGGGAGCAGCUGGAGGGAGGCAACGCUGCUGGUCUGCAACUACUCUAUAAAAGGAAACUGGGUGGGAGAGGCUCCCUAUAGGAGCGGGAAGCCUUGCUCCGUCUGUCCGUCCAGCUAUGGUGGCUCCUGCUGGAGAAACCAGUGCUCAGCAGACACAAAACCCAAAAGACUGCCGAGACACUAG